UAGGGUCCGUGGUUUGCCUACUGUAUAAUGUGCACUAAUUACGAAAAUCCAAGUGUCAAAAGAAUCCAAUUAACAAGUGUUAAGUCCUUAGUUGUCAUGACGCUAGACUGCGGACAGUAAUCUGCGGGCAUCUGAAAGAUACAGUGGCUGUGUUAUACGAUAGCGCAGCCCGUGUUUCUCGCCAUCCAUAAAAAAUUAAACGGAAAUCGUCGUGUGCCAUGGGCGAUUCUAAUUUCAGCGGCGGCCGUUAAAAACUGUUUCACACGAAAUAAACCAAACAAUUGAUUCAGUGUCAAAAUGAAUUCAUCAACAGAUCCGACCUUUUUGGAGUUAAAUACAAGUUUCAGUAGUACCCCAGACUUAUAUGCAACCAGUGUUAGUUUGGAACCUUCACACGGAUUCGAAGCAGAGGACUACUACGCCUGCGGCACUUUUAACUGCACGCCCACGGAGUACGUUGCUUUUGUGCUCGGGCCGCAGACUUUGCCCCUUUACAAGGCCGUUUUGAUUACAAUUAUAUUUGGAGGAAUUUUUAUUACUGGGGUCAUUGGCAACUUGUUAGUGUGCAUUGUGAUCAUUCGGCACUCGGCAAUGCACACUGCCACCAACUACUAUCUCUUUAGCUUAGCCGUCUCCGAUCUGCUGUACUUACUAUUCGGACUGCCAACGGAAGUAUUUUUGUACUGGCACCAGUAUCCAGAUCUCUUCGGCAUGCCAUUUUGCAAAAUUCGGGCUUUUAUUUCCGAGGCAUGUACCUAUGUCUCCGUGUUUACCAUUGUUGCUUUUUCCAUGGAGCGCUUUCUGGCGAUCUGCCACCCGUUGCAUCUGUAUGCUAUGGUUGGCUUCAAACGUGCGAUUCGGAUAAUAACAGCUCUUUGGAUCGCAAGUUUCAUAAGUGCCAUUCCGUUCGGAUUGCUUUCAGAUAUUCAGUACCUCAGGUAUCCACUAGAUGGCUCUCGCAUUGAGGAGUCUGCAUUCUGCUCCAUGUCCCCCGAGAUCGUUAAUGUCUUUCCCGUGUUCGAAGUAUCCUUCUGCGUAUUCUUCGUCAUCCCCAUGAUACUCAUCAUACUACUCUACGGACGAAUGGGAGCUAAGAUUCGUUCCCGCACAAACCAAAAAUUGGGUGUUCAACAAGGCACCAAUAGCAGAGAAUCGCGUAGCUCACAAAUGAGGAAGAAGACAGUGAUACGGAUGUUGGCCGCUGUGGUGAUAACAUUUUUCGUGUGCUGGUUUCCUUUUCACCUGCAACGACUUAUCUUUCUGUAUGCUAAGGAUAUGGAGAACUAUUUGGAUAUAAACGAGGCCCUCUUUUCGAUUGCUGGGUUCGCCUACUAUGUUUCCUGCACCGUCAACCCUAUAGUAUACAGUGUAAUGUCACGUCGCUACCGGGUGGCGUUCAGGGAACUUCUAUGUGGAAAGCCCGUGGGUGCGUAUUACAACAGUGGCUUUGCAAGGGACCACUCUAGUUUCAGGGAGAGCACAGCCACCAGUCUCGGUAACAACAUUAAUUAUGACCGCGUCCACUCUGUUCACGUCACAUCGAGCAGGCACCAAAAUAAUAGAAACGACGCGGACUCCUUAUCUGCCAAUAGAGUGCUGAUAAAGAAAACAUACAGUCUUCCGCUACCAAAGAAUGCGGAUUCUACAGUCCUUAGCACAACUGACAUUGUCAUCGUGCUGGAAAAUAGCCACACGGUUUGUGAGGAGCCCAAAGUUGAAAACGAUAUUUGGAUCGAAAACGAGGAAACUUGUAUUUAGGCUCUACGAUUUUUGAGCUACUGAAGCUUAAAGCCUAAAACAAAGAAGUCGAGUGAAAACCCCUAGGUUCUGUGCACAAUUUUUUGUAGCUUAAUCUAAAACCUUAAACUUAAAACUAAAUCUAGAACACUUAGAUCUAUAUGAAGUAGUCUGUUCCAGGAACUCGACUAGUUCCCAAUGACCUAGCACAAAGAAGAUUAAAUUAUAACUACCACAUCCUCAUCUGAAUAAAAAUUUAAUGCGUUUCUUAA